AUGGGACUGUUGGCCGCUGUUACUGACGUCGUCUCGGCGCACCUGGGCGACAAGCCUCUGUGGCUCGCCAUCUCCAUCGUCUCUAGCGCAGCUUUCGCCCUCGCGAUUGUGCUCAAUGUGCUCUCGCAACUCCUGCCUGUCCGUCGCAAGGGCUCUGAGCCGCCGCUCGUUUUCCACUGGGUGCCCUUCAUUGGCAGCACCAUCACCUACGGCAUUGACCCCUACAAGUUCUUCUUCAACUGCCGCGAGCAGUACGGCGAUGUGUUCACCUUCAUCUUGCUAGGCAAGAAGACGACUGUCUGCCUCGGUACCAAGGGCAACGAUUUUAUCCUCAACGGCAAGCUCAAGGACGUCAACGCCGAAGAAAUCUACAGCCCCCUUACCACUCCCGUCUUCGGUACCGAUGUUGUCUACGACUGCCCCAACUCCAAGCUCAUGGAGCAGAAGAAGUUUGUCAAGUUCGGCCUGACCACCGAGGCUCUCCGCUCCUACGUUUCCGUCAUCGCCGCCGAGACCAAGGACUUCUUCGCAAACUCCAACUGGUUCAAGGGUGAUUCCGGCGAGCUGAAUGUACCCAAGGCCAUGGCCGAGUUGACCAUCUACACUGCUAGUCGCUCGCUCCAGGGCAAGGAAGUCCGCGCCAAGUUCGACAGCACCUUCGCCGAUCUUUACCACGACCUCGACAUGGGCUUCACCCCUAUCAACUUCAUGCUUCCCUGGGCUCCUCUCCCUCAAAACCGCAAGCGUGACGCUGCUCAACGUAAGAUGACGGAAACAUACAUGGAGAUUAUCCAGGCUAGACGCGACAGUGGCAAGACACAGCCCGAGGAUGGCGAGACGGACAUGAUCUGGAACCUGAUGAACUGCGAGUACAAGACUGGCCAGCAGAUCCCGGACAAGGAGAUUGCCCACAUGAUGAUUGCCCUGCUCAUGGCUGGCCAGCACAGCUCUUCCGCUUCCAUCUCAUGGAUUCUGCUUCGCCUCGCUUCUCGCCCCGACAUUGUCGAGGAGUUGCUUGCCGAACAGAAGGCCGUUCUUGGUGCCGACCUCCCCGAGCUGACCUUUGAAGAUCUCUCUCGCCUGCCCCUCCACUCUCAGGUUGUCAAGGAGACUCUGCGUCUGCACAGCCCUAUUCACAGCAUCAUGCGCGCCGUCAAGUCGCCUAUGCCUGUUGAGGGAACUCCCUACGUUAUCCCUACUACCCACGUUCUCCUUGCCGCCCCCGGUGUUACCUCCAAGUCUUCCGAGUACUUCCCCGAGCCCAGCCUGUGGGAGCCGCAUCGUUGGGACGCCGAGGCCAGUGAAAAAUACACCAGCCUCAAGCCUAUCAUGGCUGCCAAUGUUGAAGACGAUGAGAAGACUGAUUACGGUUACGGUCUGGUGUCCAAGGGUGCCAGCUCACCUUACCUUCCCUUCGGCGCUGGUAGACAUCGCUGCAUUGGUGAACAAUUUGCUUACGUGCAGUUGCAAACCAUUCUGGUGACCAUGGUCCAAUCAUUCAAGUUCCGCAACCUCAAGGGUCGUGAGGGCGUUGUCGACACUGACUACUCGUCAUUGUUCUCACGUCCCUUGACACCGGCCUCGAUUCAUUACGAAAGACGAGUCAACGAGAAGGCAUAG